AGUGGAUUUCUUGAAGCCAGUUUCGUUUUUCAUCAUUGGCUCGAGGAAGCUAGUCAAAAGAGUUAUUCUCCUGAGAUAUCUGGAGGGGAUAUCUUACAAGCCGUUUUCGUUUUGCGAGAUCUUUUGAGGUAAUAUUAAUUGAACACCCCAUGACUGCUUUCCUUGUAUGCAUUUUGUGAUUGGUAGUUUCUGAAUUUUUAUUAAAAUGGGUUCUCUUGCAAUUCAGAAUGGUAGAGGUCUUGCAUAUGCUGCGUGUUGGGAUUUUUCUAUUAUAUAUGAUAUCAAAGAAAGAUCAAUUUUUUAUGAGAAACAUUUUCGGAGCUGGGUUUUGAGUAUUUAGGAAAAUUUUUUAUCUGAGUUACGCUAUAUGAGUUUGUAUCAGUUGAAAGGCUCCCGGAGCCUAUGAGCAUCAGAAUCAGUCGAUCAGAUGUUGCCAGUGCAGCACUUGGUUUGGUAUAUUAGCUGCAAAAUUGAUGUUUCUGAUUCUUAAUAUGACUUUCUUGGGUGGACUUACAAGACCUAAUUGCUGGCAUAUAUAGCGGGAAUAUUAUAUACUUAAUAUUUUGAGUGCUGAGGAUCCAUUUGCUCGGGGGUUUUUCCUAUACUCAGAGAAUCAGGUUGUGAUUGCGGUAGUUUUAGUGGUUUUCAGUGGAAGAAAUUUCUUUGGAACAUGAUAAAGCUGUUACGUUUCUCCAGUCAUAACUGCCACUUUACCAUCUUCAAAGGAUUUUUCCCAUAGGUCUGAUUGUAAUUUACUGGUGUGUAUAUUUGAGUUGUCAGGUGAGCUCUUGUAGAAACCAAAUAGAAUGUCUUGCACAAAUAAUGCGUUGAAGGAGUUCUGAAUAUAGUGGUGGUGCAGAUAGAUUUAAGUUGAAAUGGAUGCCCUGCAAGUUGUUUCCUCCGCAAUGCAGAUUGUUUCAAGUAUGGUUGCUGCUAUUGGAUCACUAGAGCAAGCAUCUAGAAAUCUUGAUGAUGCUCCAAAGAGAAUUCGAAUCCUUGAGGAAUUUGUGUCUGAACUCGAAAAUUUGGUCCUCAAAACCAGGCAAAAACACGUGUAUAAGCUCCAUGAUUCCCGUUUGGAGCGCCAAAUACAGAGCUUGAAUAAUCUUAUUGAUCGGCUGCAUCCAAACAUCACAAAGGCAAAAAGGAUAGUGUCAAAAAGCAAAUUUAAGAACUUUGCUAAAGUUGUAUGGAACUCAAUGGCUGGUGAUCCUCUUGCAAAGAUUUUGCUUUCGAUACAGUAUGACUUGAAAUGGUGGCUUGAAUCUCAGAAUUUGUCAAGGGAUGUCGAGAAUGUUAUAGAAAGGACAGCUAGAAACAUCCCAAGUCGAUUGAAGGUAAACUCAGAUCAAGGCUACCCGAUAUUGGGUAAGUGCUCUUUUGUGCAAAACAUGCUGGAGAAAGAUGAUACUCACCAUGUUAUCUUAAUUGUUGGACUGUCUGGCAUUGGGAAGACAUGUUUAGCUCGUCAAGUGGCUUCUGAUCUUCCAUCAAAAUUUGUAGAUGGUGCCAUUGAACUUCGAUUUGGGCAAUGGUGCAGCAGGGCUGCUUGCAACGGGAACAAGGCUGAAUAUCAGAGGCGAUUGACAAGGAAACUGACAAAAUUCCUGGUGCAGAUUGGGUCUCAGAAAAAGAUGCAGGAUGAACACUGCAGAGAUCUUGAAGACAUUGGUUACUUGCUUCAAGAAGCACUAUAUGGGAAGAGCAUUUUGGUACUCCUUGAUGAUGUCUGGGAACAAGAUAUUGUUGAACGUUUUGCAAAGUUGUAUGAUAACAACUGUAAAUACUUAGUAACAACUAGGAACGAGUCUAUCUAUGAGAUAACAGAAGCUGAGAAAGUAGAGUUGAGUAAGGAUGACAUAAUGGAAAUAAGCAAGGCAGUUCUUCUACACCAUACCUUUCUUACGGAGGAUCAGCUACCAGAGGUUGCUGAAAUGUUGCUUGAACGUUGUGGUCACCAUCCUUUAACAGUUGCUGUCAUGGGCAAGGCUCUUCGCAAAGAAGUAAGAGCUGAGAAAUGGGAAAAGGCCAUAUCCGACCUAUCAACAUAUGCCACAUCUGCACCAGGUCCAAUUUUAUAUGUAAAUGAGAAAGAAGCUGAGACCACCGUUACCAUAUUUGGAUCACUUGAGUUCAGCCUUGAAGUGAUGCCAGAAGACUCAAGAAAGCUGUUUAUUGCUUUCGCUUCUCUUUCAUGGGCAGAACCUCUUCCUGAAGCUUGCCUAGAGGCCAUAUGGUCGGUUAUUGGGCAGGAAAAUUUGUUUCCUCUUACAGUUUGCAAGCUUGUUGAAGGUUCUCUACUGAUGAAAACUGAUGCCACUUCUAUAUACCAAGUACAUGACAUGGUUUCCCUAUACCUUAACAGCAAGGAAAAUGAUUCAGUUAUUAUGCUUCUGACAGAAUCUACUGCUGAGAAAUCAGCAUUUAUCAGUCCCUGGCUUUUUAUUUUUGGGAAGAAUGCAGUUAAAAUAGUUUCUGAGCAAAAGAUUGAAUCUGCCCUUGGCUCUUCUGAAGAAAAGCAGGCAAUUAUUGUCUUGGAAUCAAUUAUUCAAGCAUUCAUGUCUAGCGAAUUAAUCUCAGAAAUUGAGGCCACCAGAGCAAGCUUGAGUAGGAUUUUAGGACCCAAGAUUGGAGAUCUGAUGUCUGCUGAAUCACAGAGUCUGGUUGCUCUCUCUGCAAAAGCAAUCAUCAGCAUUUUCACGAAAGCUGAUUUCUCCAACUACUUGCCAUCCCUUGAAACUACUGGUGCAGUUGAUAACCUUGCAGAUAUAUUGCAAGUCUGUGAUGACCCUAUGGUCCAAACUAACAUUUCAACUGUCCUAGCAAAGCUUGCUGAGUUUGGAACCCCUGGCACAGUAGAUAAGGUCCUUCAGAGAAUUCCGUUGAGUCAGCUGGCAGAUUUGCUCUCUCCUAGUGCUGAGGAAUGGCAUGACAGUGUAUUUACAACAUUGAUUUCAUUAAUGAAAGCUGGAAAAUCGAAAGCUGUUGAGAAAAUGUUUGCUUCUGAGUUAGAUUAGAGCUUGAUUAGACUUCUUGAGAAUGGGUCUGAUGUUACUCAACACCAUGCGCUUGUCAUAUUGAAGUCAUUUUAUGAGCUUGGAGGUCCAACAAAUGGAUCACUUGGCCCUGGUAUUCUAAAGUUGCUGCCUUGGCAAGCAAGACUUCGAUUGGAAAAAUAUGUGUUGUCAAAUCAAAACUCUCUCCCUUCACCAAAGCCACAGACUUUUGAUGAUAUCAUCCACAAAAUGCUGGAAAAUAGUGACAAGCGAAUACUGGAAGCUAUGCAAGAUGUCAUACCAAUAGUAGAAAAAGCAGGAGAACCAAUAAUCGGAGACAUGAUCUUAAGAAGUCUCCUUGUAAAACGAUUGUCAGAACUCUUGCAAGGACGCCAAGAACAAUACCUUUUGAAGGCUGAAUCUGCCUUUGUACUAAUGAAGCUCGCUUGCUCUGGAGGGGAGCCCUGCAUUAAGAAAAUACUUGAAUAUGACAUCAUUCAAGAACUUGUUAAAAUGAUGCAAUGUGACACUCCUGAGCUACAGGAUUCAGCCUACACAACCCUACAUCAAAUGCUUUUUGCCCAAGGUGGAGUUCUUAUUCUAGAUCAGAUGUUUCAGAUUGGACAGAUUGAUAGGUUAGUUAAUUUGAUUGAGAGCAAGUCAGCGAAGACCAGGGAGGUAAGCUUGAACUGUGUUCUAGAUGUAGUUGAGGUGGGAAAUAAAAUCUGCUUGGAACGGAUGUUUUCUUUGCAAGUAAUUGAAAAGCUGGCCAAAAUUGAAAAGAGUCGUGGGGGUUCUGGCGCAACUGUGGUUGGGUUUCUGAAGGGUAUUAGUAAGUGCAAGCAUCUGACAACCGCAGAGCGUUGGGUGAUGAAGCAGCAAGUAGUUAGGAAGGCAAGGGCAGCACUUAAAGGCCAUAAAUUUGAAACCCAAGUUAUGGCAGCUAUUGAUGCCUGUCUUUCUGAGGGUUCUAAAGGUGCCAGUAGUACCAGUAGUAGAAGAAGACACAAAAGAUAAUUCAAGUCUGUGCCUAUAGAUCCAACGAUGACAUGAUUAUUUUCUACAAGAAUAUGAAAGAUUGGUAUUCUUAAAUUGGUUUGUGAUUAU